AUGCAACCAUGCUAUGUAUUGCUGUUCCUCUGCACCCUGGCAACUGGAGCCCUCGCCAUCUCCGGAAACCCCGGUCGGCGCGUGGGUAAAAGACAGGUAACGUUGUUCCUCGUCCCGCAUAGCAUGUAUUGCCUGAUAGGGAUCAAUAUUGUCGACAACAACAUUUUUAUUAGAACCCCUGACCGCACACAUAACGAAUCAAAGGCAACGGCGAACAGAGGUGAGUAA